UAUUUCUGGAAAGUUCUGUGCUCUGCCUCCUACGGAAAGCGAGUUAACCGCACAGCACAAUGUCUGGAAAGUUCUCUGCUCUUCGUCUUCCAGAAAGCGAUUUCAAUUCCGUGCAACUGACAAAGCACGCUGCAGACAACAUACAAGUACCUGCUGCGGAUUGAAUGUACUGACCGCUCUCAGCACCGUGCCUUAAAAAAUUGCACAGAUCCACAGUACUCCUCGCACCAGUUUGUUCAGCAGCUGUGAAUUGUAAACAUUGCAUUGUUAGGACAACAAAGUUUCAGCAUAUAAUAAUAACGAGGGAUUCGACUGAUCCAGAGUUUUUAUUUCUCUUGUACUCGCUGUCUUCAGGGAUAUCAAACAGCACUAUAAUAUACACCACAAUGACUGCAGAAGAGGUGAAAAGCGAAGAGGAGCAGCAGCAGGCAAUGCCAAUGGAAGGAGAAGACCUCACCCCAAAGAAAGAUGGGGGACUAUUAAAGGUGAUUAUGAAGGAGGGGACGGGCAAUGAGACCCCCAUGACUGGGGACAAGGUCAGUGUUCACUACGUGGGGACACUGCUGGACGGCACCAAGUUUGACUCCAGCCGGGACAGGGAUGAGCAAUUCACCUUUGACCUUGGGAAAGGGCAGGUGAUCAAAGCCUGGGACCUUGGUGUGGCUACCAUGAAGAUUGGUGAAGUUUGCCGGCUUAUCUGCAAACCGGAAUACGCUUACGGGGUAGCCGGCAACCCACCCAAAAUCCCACCCAACUCCACGCUGGUCUUUGAGGUGGAGCUGUUUCAGUUCAAGGGGGAGGACCUCUCUGACAAGGAGGAUGGAGGAAUCAUUCGCAGGAUCCUUACAAAGGGGGAGGGGUACACCAAACCCAAUGAGGGCGCCACCGUGGAGGUGUCUCUGGAAGGUGAGUGGGAGGGGAAGGUUUUUGACCGCAGGGAGCUGACGUUUGAGGUGGGAGACGGGGAGGGCUUGGGGAUCCCAAGAGGCAUUGAGAAGGCUCUCCAGUCCAUGGAGAAAGGAGAGGAGUCCAUCAUCAAGCUCUCGCCCAGCUAUGGGUUCGACAGCACAGGGAGCUACCAGUUUAACAUCCCUCCAGGCGCAGAGCUCUGUUACAAAGUCAAGCUCAUCUCUUUUGAGAAGGCCAAAGAGUCAUGGGAAAUGAGCACAGAAGAGAAGCUGGAGCAAGGACCCAUUGUCAAGGAAAAGGGAACCCAGUACUUUAAAGAAGGGAAGUACAAGCAGGCGGCAUUGCAGUACAAGAAGAUCGUCUCCUGGCUGGAUCACGAGUCUGGGCUGUCGGAGCAGGACGAGCAGAAAGCCCGGGCCCUGCGGCUCGCUGCCCACCUCAACCUGGCCAUGUGCUUCAUCAAGAUACAGGAGCAUGCGCAGGCCCUGGAGAACUGCAGCAAGGCUUUGGAGCUGGACAGCUGCAAUGAGAAGGCUCUGUUCCGUCGCAGCGAGGCACUCUUUGCUCUGAAGGAGUUUGAGGAGGCGCGCAAUGGCUUCCAGAAGGUGGUGCAGCUGUACCCCGACAACAAGGCAGCCAAGACACAGAUCACAGCCUGCCAGCGGUUCCUGAGAGAGCAGUACGAGAAGGACAAGCGGCUCUACGCAAACAUGUUCUCCAAGUUCGCAGAGCACGACACCAAGAAAGAAGCUGCAGAGAAAGGGAAGGAUGAGAAGCCAGAGAACGGGCAGACAGAGGAGGGCAGCAUGGAGAUCGAACAGAACCCCUAAACCAGACGUGGCUUCCUGUCCCUUUGUUUGUUUGAUUUCUUGUAUUUAAUUUUGUUUUAUUUUUUUGCUUUGUAACUUUAUGAAGAUAGAUUGUAUGACUCUGCGAGAGGGCUGAAUAUUGAAUUUGCUAUCUUGCUUGUUAGAGGACCUGUGUCGGAAGAAGAGACACAAGAAAGGGCAGAUCUAUUAGAAAACCAGCAGCAAGGUGCUGCCUGGGCUUGAAGCUUCAGCAUCUUGAAGAGAGUGUUUCUUUGCACUCUGACUCUCCUGCUGCACAGGAAGGGAAUCUGGUGUGGAACACAAGCUGCUCAUGAGACUGGCGGAAGCAAACACUUGCAGAUGGCUUUGAUAUUUUCUUUUUUUUUUUUUUUUUUUUUACAAAUUGAGCCGUCCCCUUUCUAGUUAAUGCAGCCUCUUCCGACAACAGUAGUGAUGAUGACUUGCACUCACUCACUCAAAAGGAAUUUAUUUUGUUGUCAUAAAUGUUUAUCUGCAUUCAAACUGAUUUGUUAUCCUUUUUUGUUUUGUUUUAGUUUUUUUAAAGGAAAAAUAAUUAAAAAAAAAAGUUUGGUUUGUAAAGUG